GAUUAAUGCAUUUCUAUGGCUUUAACUUCAGUCUUCCACUGAUUGAAUUUGAUACCACACCAUGUAUAAGACAUUAAAAGUAUUACAAUAUUUUCAAUACUGUGGUCUCUGACAGGAGUGAAUGUAAAUUAGGCUGAGAUCCAAAGCCAGACAGUUAAAAACCACUGUUGACGUCCUCAAGACACAAUCCGUGCCUAGCAUGAACAGAUGGAGAUUAUAUUACAUUUGCCCUAGCUCGAGACAUUUGUCCUAGCUCCAAGAUGUCGGAUGCAAGGAGCGACAGCAAUGUCAACCAUGUGACGAAAACCAACCAACUAGAAGCCACCACGACAAUAACCAUAGCGAUUUGUGUACUGGUUACGAUAGUUGCGCUCAUCAUCUCAGCCGUCGCAAUCUCCAAACCCGCUGGCUCCGACAUUACAGUUCAGGGUAAAACGACGAGUUCUCGACAAACUCCCCAGCCUGCAGUAGCAUACUCACCCGGUACCUAUGACGCCAGCCGGUGUCAGGCUUCCAAUAGAAAGAGAAUUUACACAGUGGCCAUUGGAUUCAAUAUUGGGGCUUAUGUAUAUAGUGACGACAGCGGGUUUCAAGUUGGAUUCGGUCACGACCUAAUAGACGCAGUGUGUCGGGAGGCGGGAAUUGAUUGCAGGAUUGUCACGGAGCCGUUCACCAACUGCAUGUUCUCAGAGAAAGGGCAGCCACAAAGAGGGGGGAUAGGACUUAUGGAAGGUUGGUACGACGCCUGCAUCGGAUAUCUGGCCUCACGUCAACGAAGGCAGAUUUUCUCAUUUUCCAAGCCGUUUCUGAAACCACUCGAGGUCUAUUUCUACGCCUUUCCUGGAUUUAAUCCAUUCAAUAUUACUGGAAAGAAAAUAGGACUGAUUAGCGGGUUCUUCACUAACGAAGCUUGUAUAGCCGGACUGGACCAGGUAGCUGGGAGAGACGUCCCGCACGCCAACGUUUUCCAUGCACAAACACCUGCCGAGCUCUUGGUUAUGAUCCAGAACGGAACAUAUAUCUUUUGA